AUGAAUAUAAGCAACAACUUAAGACAGUUAAAGUUUAUGAAAAUGCCAGUAAAGGAUGAGAAAGAAGUAAAGAAAAGAGAAACUCUUGGGACUUGGCUUUUAAAAGAAAUCACAAAAACAAAAACACAAAAGAAACCACAUACAUUUUAAUUAUCACCUAUCCAUAUCCAUGCAUCCUCUUCUUUAUAUCCACGUAGUACUUUCGAAAUACGAAUAUUACUGUCUAAUAAAACUCUAUUAC